CAAUGGAGAGCUCAUAAAACUGUGUUAUACUUUCUGUUCUUCUAGAUUAGUAACAUAGUGCAAUUGUUUUUGUGUAUCUCUACAUUCUACUGCUCCAACACCUGUGUUGUACAGCUUGUUUUCACCAUGCUGACUUGCAGGGAAAAUGGAUGUCAGUCCUGAGACUAAACUUAGUAGCAGACAAUCCCCAGUUGGCUACAAGAGCUUUGAGGGCUUACCUCAGUUGACUGUGGAUGACACAUUGACCAAAGGGCAAAAUGGGAACUUUCAGAAUGAGCAUAACCGAAACACAGGUCUCCAUGGCCAUGGUGGCCUCAGUUCUGCUCCAGACCUCAGCAGUCUCCCAAAAGAAUUGCCCCUGAGACAUCUAGCCUCUGGGAGCCAGCACCCUAACCUGGCUGAUCUAAGCUUGUCCUCCUUUAGAGAGAUGGAUAAGGACCCGCAGCCUGGGGGGCCAAGUAGGUGUGGCACUUGGCAGGAUGCCAUCAUACCCAUCUAUGCUGCCUCUCUCAUCAUUGCCAUAGCAGUCACCACCGCUAUGGUCCUGCAGAUUUAUCUAGGGACAAAUGAGCAGGUCUUCAGAGGGAGUGUGUUGGUGACGGACCAUGAACACUGUACAGAGCUUGGUCGUAGGGUGCUGAAUGAACAAGGCUCCAGUGUGGAUUCUGCCAUUGUUGCCACCCUGUGCCUGGGGAUAGUCCAUCCACAUGCAUCAGGUAUUGGCGGGGGAGGGGUGAUGCUGGUUCAUGACAUCCGGAAGAAUAUAAGGAAGGUGAUUAAUUUCCAGGAAACGGCACCCUCUGGAAUCAAGGAGGAGAUCCUGCAAAUUGACCCAGAGCUAAAGCCAGGUCUGAUUGUAGGUGUGCCAGGCUUGCUCAGAGGGUUGUACCAAGCCCAUAAACUGUAUGGAAGACUGUCAUGGGAGGAUAUUGUCACCAGGGCUGCCAACGUAGCCAGAGAUGGCUUUAAUGUCUCUCACAGACUUGCAGAGGCCAUAACCAAGGUGAAAGGUCAGAAUAUGUCAUUGCGCUUCAGGGACAUGUUCUUGCCAAAAGGCCAUGCUCUGUCCCCCGGCUCUCUUAUGAAAACACCAAGUCUGGCUGCUGUCCUGGAGGCUGGGGUGUCAGAAUUCUACAAUGGGACUCUAACACAGGAAAUGGCCAGUGAGGUGCAAGAAAAUGGAGGAAUUCUAACCAAGGAGGAUCUCAGAAACUACAGUGCAGUCAUAGAGCAGCCAAUUGAAGGCCUGUAUCAGGGAUUUCGAGUUCUUGUGCCGCCUCCCCCUUCUAUUGGUGCUGCUCUGAUCUCAGCCCUCAACAUUUUGGAGGACUUCCACCUCAAUGGGAAUAGUACAACGUAUAGAGCAAACCACUGGAUUGCUGAGUCACUGAAAGCGUCCCUGACUAUGGCUAGUGGGCUCGGAGACCCUGUGUAUACUCCAUCAGUUUCUGCACUCAUCUCCAAGAUGCUAAGCAAGCCACAGGCUGUAGUGCUCCGUCAGUUGAUCAGUGACUCGCAGGCAUCUCCUCCCAGACACUACUCUACUGUCUAUGACCUGCCGAGUGGAGCUGUGGCCAGCCAGGUGGUCGUGAUGGGUCCCGAUGACAUCAUUGUGUCUGUCACCAGCUCACUGAACAGGCCCUUUGGAAGUAGAAUUUUAACCCCUUCAGGCAUUCUCCUGAACAGCCAGAUCUUGGACUUCUCCUGGCCAAUUAAAACCCAGGGACUGUUAAUAUCUAACCUGACUAACAGGGUCCAGCCAGGCAAGCGGCCUCUGUCAUUUAUUAUGCCAACAAUUGUGAUACCGUCUCUAGGUAAAUGUGGAUCCUAUGUGGCCCUGGGAUCUUCUAAUGGAGAGUCCAGCCUCAGUGGUGUCACCCAGGUCUUGAUUAAUAUUUUAUCAUAUCACAAAAAUCUGAAUGAUAGCAUAUCACUGGGACGACUCCAUCCCCAACUUAAGCCGAGCAGACUCCUGGUGGACUCUGAGUUCCUGGAGGAGGAUGUGAAGGUGUUGCGUUUGAAAGGACACACUGUCUACAGGGUGGGGCUGCUGUCCCUGGUGCAGGGUGCCCAGAAAACCAAUGACAUCAUUAGGGGCAUUGUUGACCCUCGUGCUGUGGCUGGCUCUGCCUAGCUUUCUGAGAAUAUGGCUUUAUUUCAAUGUGAACAUAAGAAGAUUAAGUAAUAUUUGAGUUGUAUGUUUAUUAAAAAAAUGAAUGUAUUACAAUUUUAGAUUUACCUAGUGUGAUGAUGGCAGGCAUGCAACUUCCAUUGGUGGCGGUGGGGACAUG